CAUCGAUGGUUUCCCGCUUCUUCUGCGCUGUUUUUGUUUUGAUCAACAAAAAAUUGACUAUUUCGUUUUAAAAUUGUUGUAGUUCGUAAUAAUUUAACAAUGAGCGCCAAUAAUCAGGGCGAGUACAGAACACCCAAGAAGCAAAAGAAACCGAGAAAACAGAAAUCCAUUGAGAAUCUAACCAACUCGGAGGAUGACUUUGCCGCCGACCUGGACACGGCGUUGGUGGUACAGGAUGAUGCAUGCGGAUCCGAAGAGGAGCAGUCCCAUCCAGUCACUCGACGCUCCGCACGAAAGCCCAGUCCUACUAAAAAGUAUCAGGCGUAUCAGCAGAAGAGCAAGGACCAGCACCAGGACAAAGAGCACGAGCACAUUGUUGUCAACUAUGUGGAGUGCACCGAGGAGGAGAGCAACGGGGAAGAGCUGGAGGAGGUUGGCGACGGCGAGGUGGAACUCGUGGCCAGGCCCAUCAGGCCAGACCUGAACCUAAUCCAGUCAGAGCACAAUGUGGCCGGCACCAGUCUAUUCGGGUUCAACACGCCCAAAAAGCGAGAUGCCAUGGCUUUGGCAGCUCUCAAUGCCAUGCCGCGUACACCCAAGACGCCAAAGACGCCUCGCUUGGGCGUCAAGACGCCCGACACCAAGCGAAAGAAGCCCACAGAGCAGCCAAAGACGCCGUCCCAUGUGCGCAGCCGUGUCAAGAAUCAGAUUGCCAAGAUUGUGGCCGACUCCGAUGAGGAUUUCUCUGGAGACGAGAGUGACUUUCGGCCCAGCGGCGAGGAGUCUUCGUCUAGCAGCAGUAGCAGCAGCAGUGAUGAGAACUCCUCGGACAACGAUGCCGCCGACGAUGAGCCCAAGACACCCUGCAAGACGCGCCGCGCUAUCGUCGUGCCCGUCCUGCCCAAGACUCCUUCAGCGGCUCGCCUCCGCCAGUCGGCGCGGGCCAAAAAGUCGAAUGAGUUUGUGCCAGAGAGCGAAGGCUACUUCCAUUCGCAUGCCAGCAGCAAGAUUCUCACCUCGGACCACACCCUGGAUCGACUGAAGAAUCCCCGGCUGGCCGCCGAUCGUCUGUUCAGCCUGCUCUCCGAAAUGAAAGUGUCUGCGGAGCACGACACUGCCAUCAAUGCCAUCAUGGAGGAGUAUCGCUCGUACUUUCCCAAAUGGAUGUGCAUUCUAAACGAGGGAUUCAACAUCCUGCUUUACGGGCUCGGCUCCAAGCGGCAGCUGCUGCAGUCCUUCCACCACGAGGUCCUUGCCCGCCAGACGGUUCUGGUGGUAAAUGGCUUCUUUCCCAGUCUCACGAUCAAGGACAUGUUGGACAGCAUCACCAGUGAAAUACUGGACGCCGGCAUCAGCCCGACAAAUCCGCACGAAGCUGUGGACAUGAUCGAGGAGGAGUUCGCCCUGAUACCGGAGACGCAUCUCUUUCUGAUCGUGCACAACCUGGACGGUGCGAUGUUACGGAAUGUGAAGGCUCAGGCCAUACUGUCGCGGCUGGCGCGUGUGCCCAACAUCCAUCUGCUGGCUUCCAUCGACCACAUCAACACACCACUGCUGUGGGACCAGGGCAAGCUGAGCAACUUUAAUUUCUCUUGGUGGGACUGCACCACCAUGUUGCCCUACACGGACGAGACGGCCUUCGAGAACUCCCUGCUGGUGCAGAACUCUGGCGAGCUGGCUCUGUCCUCGAUGCGCAGUGUCUUCUGUUCGCUGACGACCAACUCGCGCGGCAUUUACAUGCUGAUUGUCAAGUACCAGCUGAAGAACAAGGGCAAUGCCCAGUACCAGGGUAUGCCCUUCAAGGAUCUUUACUCAAACUGCCGCGAGUCCUUUUUGGUUAGCUCGGAUCUGGCAUUGCGCGCCCAGCUCACGGAGUUCCUGGACCACAAGCUGGUCAAGUCAAAGCGCAGUGUCGAUGGCUCGGAGCAGCUAAACAUUCCCAUUGAUGGGGACCUCCUGCAACAGUUCCUGGAGGAACAGGAGAAGAAAUAGGAAUAGGCCGUCGCAUCAUUUUAGAACAUAUUAAUUUAUUAUCUAAUAUUGUUAAAUACAAUUACAAUUUUGCUUUUUAAAAAUGUCGUGUGUUGCUUUCACUUGUAUUGCCCAUUCGAAGUUACUUUAAUUUAUGGUAGAUUUCAAUUAGAUUUACGAUGAGUUCCUCUCACUCGGCUUUGCUACACAUUUAGAUUGACGCGCAUGCAUAAAAGUUGUAUCUGAUUUUGUUGGUGUCCGUUUCUUGCUUUGCUAGAUACAUGUAUACGAUGUAUAUAUUUUAGAUCAUAAGUUUUGAUUUUGUAUUUCCAAACCGAUCUACCCGCUGUUUCCGCUCCCCAUUCAAUUUCCUGCAGAGCAAAUAAAGGAUUGGCAUGGUUGGCAAAAUCCCACUCUCAA